UGGAGCUGAGAGAACUGGGGAAGGCAAGCAGUGAGAGGGGAGAAUCAGCCUAAAAAUGUGAAGAUCUGCAUGCAGGGAGAGGAAAUUGGAGAAUGUAACGCAGCAGCAGCAGUCCUGUGGCAUCCAAGUAAGACGAUGAAGCAGUAGAGAUGCUUCCCUUCCUGUUUGCCACCUUUGGCUCGGCAGGAGCCACCUGCAAAUCCUGUAACAAUGGCACCCAGGAUUACUGUUACAGUGCCCGCAUCCGCAGUACGGUGCUGCAGGGGUUGCCGUUUGGUGGCGUGCCUACCGUUCUCGCCCUUGACUUCAUGUGCUUCCUUGCAUUGUUGUUUGUCUUUUCAAUCUUGCGUAAAGUGGCAUGGGACUAUGGACGUCUGGCCCUGGUGACUGAUGCUGACAGGCGGCGGGACUGGCAGACAGAGCGAGAGGAGCGGGAAUAUGUGGCCUCUGCCCUGCACUCUGACAACCACGACCGCUAUGAGCGCCUCACUUCCGUCUCCAGCUCCGUGGACUUCGACCAGAGGGACAAUGGAUUCUGCUCCUGGCUGACAGCCAUCUUCAGGAUAAAGGAUGAUGAAAUCCGGGAUAAGUGUGGAGGCGAUGCAGUCCAUUACCUUUCCUUCCAGCGGCACAUCAUAGGGCUGCUCGUGGCCGUGGGUGUGCUCUCCGUGGGCAUCGUGCUACCUGUGAACUUCUCAGGCGACUUGCUAGAGAACAAUGCCUACAGCUUUGGGAGAACAACUAUUGCCAACCUGAAUUCCUGGACUCACCUGCUGUGGCUGCACACAACCUUUGCCUUCCUGUACCUGCUGCUGACGGUGUACAGCAUGCGCCGGCACACCUCCAAGAUGCGCUACAAGGAGGAUGACUUGGUGAAGCGAACUCUCUUCAUCAAUGGCAUCUCAAAAUAUGCUGAGCCAGAGAAGAUCAAGAAGCAUUUUGAGGAGGCUUAUGCCAACUGUACCGUUCUGGAGGCGCGCCCUUGUUAUGAUGUGGCCAGGCUCAUGUUUUUGGAUGCAGAGAGGAAGAAAGCUGAACGUGGGAGGAUCUAUUUCACCAACCUGCAGAGCAAGGAGAACACCCCGGCAAUGAUUAACCCGAAGCCCUGUGGCCACCUGUGCUGCUGUGUCAUCAAGGGCUGUGAAGAGGUGGAGGCCAUAGAGUAUUACACCAAGCUAGAGGAGAAGCUUAAGGAUGAUUACAAGCGGGAGAAGGAAAAGGUGAAUGAGAAGCCUCUGGGGAUGGCCUUUGUCACCUUCCACAAUGAGACCAUCACAGCCAUAAUCCUUAAAGACUUCAACGUGUGCAAGUGCCAGGGCUGCAUGUGCCGUGGGGAGCCUCGGGCCUCCUCCUGCAGUGAGUCCCUCCAUGUCUCCAACUGGACCGUUAGCUAUGCCCCCGACCCACAGAACAUUUACUGGGAGCACCUUUCCAUCCGGGGUUUCAUCUGGUGGAUUCGCUGCCUGGUUAUCAAUGUGGUGCUCUUUAUCCUCCUCUUCUUCCUCACUACGCCUGCCAUCAUCAUCACCACGAUGGACAAGUUCAAUGUCACCAAGCCUGUUGAGUACCUGAAUAACCCCAUCAUCACCCAGUUCUUCCCCACCCUGCUGCUGUGGUGCUUCUCUGCUCUGCUGCCAACUAUCGUGUAUUACUCUGCCUUCUUCGAAGCCCACUGGACCAGGUCUGGAGAGAACAGGACAACCAUGCACAAGUGCUAUACCUUCCUCAUCUUCAUGGUCUUGCUACUGCCUUCCCUGGGCCUGAGCAGUUUGGAUCUGUUUUUCCGUUGGCUGUUUGACAAAAAAUUCCUGGCAGAUGCUGCUGUGCGGUUUGAGUGUGUGUUCCUGCCAGAUAAUGGGGCCUUCUUUGUGAACUAUGUCAUCGCCUCUGCCUUCAUUGGGAAUGCCAUGGAUCUGCUGCGUAUCCCUGGUCUGCUCAUGUACAUGAUCCGCCUGUGCCUGGCCCGCUCAGCAGCUGAGCGCAGAAACGUCAAGCGGCACCAGGCGUACGAGUUCCAAUUUGGCGCUGCCUACGCCUGGAUGAUGUGUGUCUUCACUGUGGUCAUGACCUACAGCAUCACCUGCCCCAUCAUCGUCCCCUUUGGGCUGAUGUACAUGCUUCUCAAGCACCUGGUUGAUAGGUACAACCUGUACUAUGCUUACCUGCCAGCCAAGCUGGACAAGAAGAUCCACUCGGGGGCUGUGAACCAGGUGGUGGCUGCACCCAUCCUCUGUCUCUUCUGGCUCCUCUUCUUCUCCACCAUGCGCACAGGGUUCCUGGCCCCCACGUCCAUGUUCACCUUUGUGGUUCUCGUGAUCACCAUCGUGAUCUGCCUGUGUCAUGUCUGCUUUGGGCAUUUCAAAUACCUCAGCGCUCACAACUACAAGAUUGACCACACGGAGGCAGACACCAUGGAUGGGGGAGAGAACGGGCGACCAACUGCCAACCCACCAGCUCCCAAAUCUGCUCAGAAGUACAUUGCCCAGGUGCUGCAGGACUCCUCGCCCAAGAGCGACGUGGCGGAGUGUGAGGAACAGGGGUCCCAGGAUGAGGAGCUCAUCAACCCUGACGGCAUGAACGACACGGAUUUCCAGUCGUGCGAGGACAGCCUGAUAGAGAAUGAGAUCCACCAGUAGGACCGCGGAGGGUGGGAGGGGCAGGAAAGGACCAGGAGCCGAGGAAGCUGCUACACACAGAGAGGGAGAUAGUAAACUGAAUGGAGUGAGGAGCAUCGCAAGGAAGAUACCAGCCUCUUCCCCCUCUACCCGCCCACCUGGGCCACUGCACGAAUGCUCGCUCAGAGGGGGAAGCGACCCAUACUUCAGACUCUCCAUUCCAUGCCCUGCCUCCCCCACCCUAUCCCAGUCCCUCUCGCUCGCUGCUGGAUGAGAGGGGACCUGCUCUUACUAGUUACCAUCUUUAACACUUAUCGAGACCAUGAGACCCCGGAAAUAGGGUGGGGAAGAAAGAGGACUCUGACCCCCGCUGCCUUCUGUCCCUCAGGGCAAGAAGACACGGGGGCAGCAGAAGCCUGGAUGCUUGGUGGGGGCAAGUGUUGAGGGUGGGGCAGGAGGGGCGACAGGGGGGAGGGCGUCUCCGGUCUCCUGUGGGGACUCAGGGAAGGGACCUUUCCCUCUGUCCUCCGUCCAGAAUCGCAAACACUAAUAAUUUAUUAGGUAUCAAGACACAAAAAAAAGCUUUAAUCAUGAUAUUUAAACCCCAGUGGGCAGCAGGCAGCUGUGAGCCUAGCAGGCGGCACAGUGUCCUGGCUGCAACAGCAGUAUCCUUGUGGGGAGCUGCCCUCUGCCCCUGUAUCUGUGUCUCACCCGUAUGUUUCCCCUCCCCGGCCCAGGGACGGCAGUGCGGGCCUGCAAGGAACCCAUCAGAAUAACUCGGGGCCAGGCCCCAGCAGGUAAUGGAGAGCAUGGUACAACUGGCCCUCCCUGCAUAGUCAGCCUUGAGGUGGUGCGUCGAUUACAGUCGCGGUGGGGAGGGGGAGCGGAUGUCACCCAACGAAAGUCAUAUGGGCUCAGCGGUGGCUGGAGAGCAGGUCUGAGUGGUGAAGGAAGCAGGGAAGAGCCCCUCGCAGGGUGAGGGGAGCACUGGGGGCUGGCAUGGGCGCUCAUGCCAGCCAGCCUGGAGCUGAAGAGUUGUAGGCAGCCCUCCCCCGGCAGGGCCGCGAUGGGGGCUCACACUGGCGCACGUGGCGUUGUUUUAAGUGGCAUUUUUUUUGCACAUUAUUAUUUCCCCACCCCCCACACCCCCUCACCCUUUAAAAUAAAAAUUCCUGUCACCCAUCUGCAGCCAUUGGCCCCCGGGCAUCCUGUUUGUGCACAGCCAGGCCCAGAGCAGGGAGGGUCAACCAGGGUUCAGUAUCCCUGGCUGCUAUGGUGGCAGGUGGGGAAGGGGUGGACCAUUGAGCCCCAAGAACUGCUAAGCACUGGGGCUGGCCCUAGUUCUGCUGGGCAUUAUACAGUGUCACCCUGAGCAUCUGGUCCCUGGCUGCAUAUGGCAGCUCUUGUUGCCCAUGGCUAUUGUGCUAGGCAUGGGAGUGUCUGCAGCCCCAGGGGCUUUAUGCCCUUUUCCAGUGAACCUGGCUGUUGGCCAUGCUGCUACAGGAUUCCCAGCACCAAGGCCCCAUAAGACUGCACUGGCUUCUGGCCAUAUUCCAAAACUUUGUCCCAGCCCUUUAUGCAGCACAGCACAUGUGCCAGGAGGAGGUUGCCUGAGCCUCUGCUCCUCUGGCAGUGUGGGAAGUGCAGAGCAGGGGGAGUCACGGGAACCUCCUUCCCCCCAGAAUCACCAGGGCACCAGCACCUUACAGGCUGGAGAGGGAGCCAUUUCCCCCCUGUAGAGAGAGGGCUGAAGGAUCAGCAGUCCUGAGAGAAGGGUGGAGAGGGGGUUCUCAGGAGAUGAGGUGAAGGUGUGUGGAGGAAGCAACUGAAAGGUAAGAUUUGGAGGCAGAAGGAUCAGAGAGUGUAUGUAGGACAAUUGCUGGAUUCCCUUUCAGUCCCCCUGAGACUUGGCCCUGGCCCUAGGCUCUGCUGGGAGCAGGAAGAAAGGGGUUGUUAGCUGGGGUUUUCUCCCUUCUCUGCCCAAUGGGUAAAAUGUAAAGAUGGACAAAAAAAAAAAAAAGUAGAUCUCCUUAUUAUGGAGCUGUAUUUAUUUUCCCUUCCCUCUGCCUAGCCCAUUCGUUGCCCAUUUGCUGCCUAUUGCCUGUCUCUGGAGGGCGCUGCUCCAGUGGACUGCAGCUGAACCAAAGGUCCUGGAGGCAGGAAUUGCAAUCUGCUCUGGUCCUUGACUAUCCAGGAGCUGGAAACACUUUAUAGACGCUCGUGAACAAAGGGCGCGGCUGCCAGGCAUGCUGCGGUGCUGCAUGGAGAUACACCAGCUAACGCUGAAUGAGCUGUUGGGUAUUUCUGCAGAGCGCUGCACGUGCACCAUGUUGAUGUACCAGACAUCGCAGCCUUCCCCAGUGUGGAGAGGGUGGUCAGGAUCCUCCCCCGCCCACUCUUACAGAGGGGAAAAUGGCAGAAAGCAGGCAAGGGACUUGUCCAAAGUCACACAGUCCACAAUAGGGCCUAGAGGUCCUUGUUUCACUCUUCCCAUCUGACUGGCAUGCCAGCCCCAGAGGAGAUGGGCAUGGGGAGCAGCAGGAUUUGCCCCCUGCUUGGGGGAAGGCAUGGGAGCAAGGAGCUCAAACCCUGGCUCACUGUAAACCAAGCAGCCACAGUAUGGCUGGAGCAUGUUCUCCCACUGUGGUUUUAGCCAAGGUCCAGGGGCUACCACUACUACUGCUGCCUUCUCCACUCUUCUAGAGUUCACUGCCAAAACAAACGGGGGGGGGGGGUUUUCCUUGAUUGUUUUUCUCCCCAGGACAGACUAGAAAUGAGACCAGCUCCCUUAUGAAGGGUUUCCUGGUCUGGAUCUAGACUGGAGCAGACAUUCUGGUCCAUGGCUCCUUAUCGCCAUGCUCACCUCCCCUACAUCUCUUUUUCCCCCACAGGGUGAUGGGAUGGCAUCAGUCACCCUGUACAUAUGGCUGUAGCACAGGGCUGCCCAUGCUGGUGGCAGUGGCUGUUGGGCACAGACCUUGGGCACUCCCUGCAGAGAGCUGUGUUUUAACUGGCACUGUGUCUGUGUAGAGAUGUGUAUAAUACCUUGUAUAUAUUUGUGUAAAAAA